AUGACUGCUAAACGUCACUUGGACCAGGGUGAUGAGCCUGACACCAAGCGAGUUAAGACAGAGACGCUUAAGGAUGUCCAACCUCCGCUUGGCUCGACUGAACCAGAUGCCGAGCGUGCAGUAGGUAUCAAUGUCUUUGUUUCGCCAGACUCGUUGCGCUUCGGCUGCGUGUUGAAGCUGCGUUACACCGAUUUCCUUGUCAACGAGAUCCUUCCAGACGGGCAAGUUCUUCAUCUGACAAACCUGUCGCCUCCGAAGCAGCACGGGCGGCGUGAAAAGGUGGCUGAACGGGGCGAGAGCGCCUCUUGUUCGACGCAACCACCAGCUGUAGACCCUUCAGUUUCAGGUCUAGUGCCAGUGCCUGCCCGGAGCGAGAACGACGAAGGGAGUGACCUGCCAGAUUUGUCUGCCGAGCAGAAAGCCGAGCUGCAUGGUAUUUUUGGUCCAGAUGUCACGAAUAAGAUCCUUCGCCUCUACGCUUCAGUUCUCCAACAUCCCAACAGGAAGCCUCGAGACCAUACGAGCGUCCGUUCCGAGCUCAUCUCCGAGAAGGCCAAGCGCACAGCAGCUCAUGGGGCGGUCCGACAAAUCUUCGCCUCGAAACUGCAGACAGAAACCUUGCAAGAUGAACCUGGCGUCAUCUCAAUACGCGCUGCUCCGAUUCGGGGUCCUUCUGGAGCCCGUGGACAGCAGACCGACACAGUUAACGGAUCCAUCACCAAGGGUAAACUCGGCUGGGAAGAACUUGGUGGCGAGUACCUUCACUUCACUCUAUACAAGGAGAACAAAGACACGAUGGAGGCACUGUCUUUCAUCGCCGCGCAGCUGAAAAUUCCAGCAAAGAACUUUGAAUUUGCGGGCACGAAAGAUAGGCGUGCCGUUACCGUGCAACGGGUUGCUGUUUACAGGAUCAAGGCUGAGAGGCUUGCAGGUCUCAAUGCAAUGGCGAGAGGCUGGCGCGUCGGUGAUUUCACAUAUGAAAAACAGGGGCUGGAAUUGGGUCAGCUAGCGGGUAACGAGUUUGUCCUUACGCUGAAAGAUUGCCACUUGGAGAACGAACACGGACUUGAUACUGCAGCAAGGUCUGAGCAAGUGAAAAGCAUUGUGUCAGAUGCGGCUGAGGCCUUCAAGACGAAAGGUUUCUUGAACUAUUACGGUCUGCAACGUUUUGGCACAUUCAGCACCGGCACACAUACUGUUGGCAUGAAGAUGCUUCAGGGCGAUCUGGAAGGUGCCAUUGACAGCAUACUUUCUUAUCCGCCGUCGUUGCUACCUGAGAACACCGCGAAUGAUAACGAUGGUAAGGCACUCAAAAUUCCGCGGGACGAUAUCGACCGAGCAGACACCAUUCGCAAGUGGCGAGAAGGUACGAUCAAUGUUCAAGACAUUCGCAAUGGCAUGCCAAAGCGCUUCCAAGCAGAAGCGGCGAUCAUGCAAUACUUGUCUAAGAAGGACAAGAAAUCUGGUUUACCCAUCCAAGACAACGACUGGCAAGGCGCACUGAUGCAAAUUCAACGUAACCUUAGGCUGAUGUACGUCCACGCUUACCAGUCACUCGUGUGGAACACGGUUGCUGGCAAAAGGUGGGAAGUCUACGGCAACAAAGUGGUCGAAGGCGACCUCGUGGUGAUCGGCGAGAAGGACGGUGAAGACCGAAACGGUGUCUCCGAGGAGGUUGAUGAGGAGGGUGAGCCCAUCGUCCGUCCUACGGGUGAAGACAGCGGCUCGAAGGAAUCGGACUUCACCCGUGCCAGGCCGCUAAACAAAGCGGACGUGGAAAGCGGCAGAUAUGAUAUCUUUGAUGUUGUCCUUCCUUUACCAGGCUUUGACGUUGAGUAUCCAGCCAACGAGAGCGGUAAGUUCUACGAGGACUUCAUGGGAAGCGAAGAGGGCGGAAAGCUGGACCCGCACAAGAUGCGCCGCGCAUGGAAGGAUGUCAGUCUUAGCGGUGGAUACCGGAAAAUGAUGGCUCGGCCGCUGAAAGGAGUGGUGGAAUGGGAGGUGAAGGAGUACGUGCAGGACGAAGACCAACUGGUUUCCACGGACCUUGGGCGGCUGCAGGCACAGACGAGCGUCAAUGGCGCGGGCGCCUUGACCAGCAUCAAUGGCUCUGCAGCGCCAGACAUGAGCGACCAACCGGACGGGCACUCGGUGGAGAUGAACAUCUCGAAGAAGCUUGCGGUGAUUAUGAAGUUUCAGCUUGGCAGCAGUCAGUACGCCACCGUGGCAUUGCGAGAACUGACGAUGGGUGGCGCUGCGGCAUACAAGCCGGAGUUCAAUACGAAGAGAUAG